AUGAUAGACCCCUGGCUUGAUAUAUUCCCGAAAACUGCUCGCAAUAUUCUAGAUGAGAUGGAUGCCGUUCUAGGAUAUCAUUUAUCUCGAAUCAUAUUGCACGGUCCGAACUCAGUUCUAAAUAAAACCGAAAACUCCCAGCCUGCUAUAAUGACCACGUCAGUAUUAAUCCUUCGGAUACUCGAAACCGAAUUUGGUUUCGACACGAAGUCCCGUGUAGAUGUCACCCUUGGACAUAGCUUGGGCGAGUUCUCUGCUCUGGUUGCUGCAGGGUAUCUCAACUUCGGCGAUGCUCUCAAAUUGGUUCGACGUCGCGCCGAGAUUAUGGCAGAGUGUACGCGGCAUGCGUCUCAGUUAUCCGGCGAAUGUUAUGGAAUGGUAGCACUGGUGUGCGAGCCUAAUCAUCUGGAGGGGCUGCUCACGACUAUUCACGAAUUUCUUGGUCUUGGGUCCCCUGGGUCAAGGGAUGACUCCAGCUACGAGAUGCCCCCAAUCCGACAAGUCAUGGUUGCAAACGUCAAUUCUAACAACCAGAUAGUUCUCAGUGGGAGUAUCGAAAGAAUCAGAACACUUCUCGUCCAGCUUCGCCAAUUUGGUGGCCACGACCCACGGGCGGUGAGAUUGAAGAGCGAGAGCCCAUUCCACAGUCCCAUAAUGGCACCAGCGGCCGACUACAUGAAAGGCGCACUUGAAAAAAUCCCGAUUACCUUUCCAGCACUGUUGCCUUGUGUAUCAAAUGUCUCUGGCCUACCUUUCAAUUCCAAGGAAGAUCUGAAAUUCUUAUUAUCCCGCCAAUGUGUUGACACCGUGAGAUGGUGGGACAGUAUAAGAUAUUUAGAUAAAGAUCAAGGUAUAAAGCGAUGGGUCGGCAUAGGACCUGGCAAAGUCGGGAGAAAUUUGGUUGGCAAAGAGGUUGGAAAGGUAAGGACCAAGGGAGGUGGUGUUUGGGCUAUAUGUGAGCCUCGGGAUCUUGAGGCUACGAUGACCGCUCUUGAGCAAACCGAAAAUGAAAAUAUGUAA